AUGGCUAGUAUGGCCGUGAAUGAACACGCCAGACCGAACAACACACACAGUAGCACGCGUGGACAAGUGCAGAAAACAGCCACGUCCGCCAACCGACCAGUGUCCGUCGGUUCACACAGCACGGGCAUACCACAUACGCACUCUGCAACUGCACAACCCCGGAAGACAGGCGUUAGUACUACCGCUGCACCGUAUAUCAGUGGGGGCAAUGGGAGUGGUACUGUGCAUGACACGCACAGAGCAGCUAUCGCAGGCACCGACGCCGGUAUGGACAAUGCCAGCACACACGCGAAGGGGUCUCCGACUGUGCUAAGUAGGCCCUCGGCCACCGGUGCGCCUGACAACACCCACACGGUGAUAAGUACAGCUGCCAGCCAGUACGCGAAUGCGAAUGCGGGCAUAGGCACAUCUGCAGGCGCGAAUACGGCCACAGGUACAAGCAUGGGUGCGGGUGCCCCAGGGUCUGUUACUAUGAAUAUACACGCUGAAAUGCCUGUGCCGAAGAAGCUCCCUGGCAUGGACAUGUCGGUGCCUGGAGGUAAAGGAUAUAGGGCGAAUCAGAACGCGGUGUACAAUGCGAAGAAUGGGAAGAAGCCAGGGACAAGCGGAGGGGGCUCAAAUA